UGCCGUGUGCACCCUGCCUCUGGCCGUCCUGGGCCCCCACCGCUGCUGGUGGGUGGACUGUCGAACCGGCCUCGUUCCCACUCUGAGGCUGUGCAUUCGUGGCCGGUCGGCUGCUCGCUGGUGCUGCCGUCUGCCACUGUGGUACCGUCUCACGGCCCGUCUGAGGUGGUGGCGGGGGUGGGGGCUGGACGGCCAGAUGCUGCUAGGCGCCUGUGCACAGUGGCGCCGUCACAGCCGAGUGGGUGGCCGCGAGAUGCUCCCCCUGCCCCCUCAUGGGCAGGUCCGCCCCCUGCCGCCCCUUUUCGAUGGCGGUGUUGAGGGUGUCGACCCGCUCAUACUGUCGCUGCCGCCAUGUCUGGACGUCCAUGCAGAUCCGGUGCUGUUGCUCUAGCAGCUGCCCCAGCAGUGUUCGGUCUGUGGCGCCUCGAAUAUGCUCCUCGAUGGCUCGUUGCCUCUCUUCAUGGUAGGACACUUGCCAGUCGAUGUGAGCCAGAUAGGUAUCCGACGGCGCCCCCACUCUCGCUGCCACAUCCGCCCUCGCCCGUCGUACCAUCUCUGCCUCCGCCGUCGCUGUGGCGGGGUGGAUGGGUAUGAAGGCUGGCUGAAGGGCUGUCUGGGAUGGGCCUGGGGCUGAUGCUGCUGCUGCACCUGGUGCUGCUCCUGUGGACAUCUGCUCUGUGGGUGAGGGUCCGGGUGACGGGAUGGGGGAUGGUUGGGUUGGUUGGGGUGGUGGGGGUGGUGGUGGGGCAUUGGUAACGCCUUCCGGCGCACCGCUCGUGUUGACUGACGAACUGAGGCCGCCGGUGCCUCUUCGUUGUUCGCCGCCCGCCAUGCUCCGUAGGACGCGCUGUUGUAUCUCUUCUCGGGUCAGAGUGUAGUUGGCGGGGUCGCUGGGGUCGGCCACCUGCAGGACGCCGGCAACGUUGGCCCGAAGGUCCUCCAGCUGCUCAGACGACCACUGCUCGGUGGCAAGCGCCGCUGCUAACGCCCUCACUAUCGCUUCUCCUGGCCCUUCGUUCGGCUCUCCAUUGAGCCUCGAGGAUCGCCCUGACGCCACGGGAGGCUGUGGCGACGUCGACGCACCAUACCGAUAGCCCUGCACCGCAUUCCGUCCUUGCCGCACCUCUUGGGUCGUCACUGAUGUUGGGGGGACUUGUUGAACCCCUGGUGCGGGUGCGAUGCGAGAGACCCUCAGUCGUCCGCCGACGAGUGAGACUGUCUCGGGUGGGUGGGAGCGGGACGAGUCCGGAGGCUGAUCAGCCCCUCGGUCGUCCGCUGUUGCAGCUGGUGCAGGGGUAGGUGGGGUGGGUGAGUUGAGGUCGAUGAGGUCUCCUAGGUCAGCGAACGGGUCUCUGCCGUUGGAGCUCAU